CUACAAACCAAAAUGGCAACGUCCACUGAUUUAGCACCGUGACAGUUCGACCGAAAUUGUGCAACUUCAGUGUUUCUCAAAAUAGACCGUCUAUAACUACAUGACCUUUCUGUUUGGAUCUUAAUUUGGAAUUUAAUGAAUUAAUUGCUUGGUAAAUUGUAGUGUACCUACAGUUGUUGUAGUCUUGCUGCAGUGUACUGUAUGACGAUGCAUGUUACAGUCUCAUGCUAGCAGAUAUCUAGCUAGCUAAUGCAAGGUUAGCUAGCGAUUGAGCUAAGAUAGCUUGCUAGUCCUAAUAAAAUAAAAUACAAAUUUUACAGUCAAGGUCGCCCCUACAAUAGUAGAGAUGGCACCAGUGUAGCUGUGUAAACUGACCUGGGUUGAUGUACUUAUUCAUGUUCCAGAACAUGGCCCUUCACAGACUAUCCUUCAGAUUACGACAAACGGUGAGUCCAUGGUGCAAGAUCCCAUGACAUUCAUAGCAUGAGGCUUGCACUAAUACUAUAGUCUCUUAUACCUAAUUGUUGUCAUGUGCUAGCUCUCGACUCACAUUUCCAUUACACAUAAGUCAUUGGACGAAGGCGUCUUCUGUAUGGGUGAGUUUAGUUAAGAGCCCCGACGCUCGGUCUGAACAUUAACACGCAUCGCUUGCGUUACAGUUUUGGAAACAUAAGGACCUUCCUUAUCCUAAAUAACAGCGAGAAACAAUUUUCAAAAAACAAAAUGUUAAAUUGAUACACACCUUUUAUAGGGUUAGUGUUCCCACAUUGCCAUAAUUCAUAUUACAGCGCGUGUUUACGGAAGACUGAGGGACCACCUGUGCUGCUAUUUAGUAUGCCCCGAACACCUGUUUGUAAUGGAAGAAGGCCGCCAGAAACGUGUUGUCACUGAAAAAUACUGUUGGCUGCAUCUGUGAUAAAGCCGGUUAAAACAAUGUACAGCAGUGGAGGCUACUGAGGGGAGGACGGCUCAUAAUAAUGGCUGUAAAGGAGCUAAUGGAAUGGCAUCAAACACAUGGAACCCAUAUUUGAUGUAUUCGAUACCAUUCCGCUCCAGCCAUUACCACAAGUCUGACCUCCCCAAUUAAGGUGCGACCAACCUCCUGUGGUGUGCAGUAGGUGUGUAUUUUGCAUUUGUGAAAUUAUUUUGAUCUGAUAUGAAUGUAAAGGGCUUUAUGUUUCUAGAACCGUAUGGCAAUUGAGAAUCGAUUCGCGUUUACAUGUAGUAUUUGGCUGUUUUGGCCGCCAGAGCUAGUCUACCUCUGAAAAUAACAUAUAAGGUCCUUGGACCUUACGGAGUAACGGUAACAUUAGGCUCCUUAAGAGUACAUCUUGGGCUAGUGCUAGCUAUGCAUAUUUAUUAACAUUUAAUAUGCAUUGUGAUGUCAGUUUCCGUGGGAUAAUGCAUUUUGAAAAGUCAGCCCUAUACAUAUACAGUACACGUCUUUCUGGAGAUGUUGUGCUGGUUGCUGGUACUAGUGAAAAUGCAUGUUGUGAUUCACCACUGUAGUUCAUUCUAACGGUCCUGUAUUCUAGAACACUGCUGUGCUUAGGUGUACACGUUUUGGACUAUGAUAGACGCUUAACACCUACACCUGCAUCUUACUUGUGGAAUGUGAUGAUGUCACGGACAGGUAGCGCAGGUGCGGCCGCUCCAUGGCAGUGGGUGUGGCCAGCAGCAGGAGGCGGUUGCCAUGGAGUCGGAGACGAGACAGGAGACAUUCUCCAUCUUCAGAACACAGGAGAACGACCCGGUAGGUGGAAGAAAUCAAUCAACUAAUCAAUCCCACUUUAUUAGUAUACUGUAGCAUGUCGUAAUAAGUCUGGAGAGUACUGAUGUUUAAUCUCCCUCUGUCCCCAGGCCUGUCAUUCGGAGCAGCACCUAGGGCAGUACUACACUGUGCCCCCCUCCCACUUCCACACUGUCUUCCCCCACGGCCUGCCUCCACGAUACCAACAACAGGUAUUGUGUGUCCGCAUCCGAGCAUGUGUUAGGGUGUUACAGUAUGACUGACUGACUGUCUGUACCCGUGUCCAGGUGAAGACAUUUAACGAGGGCUGUGUGAUGGUGAGGCAGCCUGCUCUGGAGCUGAUAUCUCACCUGAAGAGAGCCGACUACAGCCAGCCCACCCUGCGCUACCUACUCUGUAUCCUACCCUACCUAAUACACCUGAUCACACCUCAAUGUACCUUUGUGCCUUUACACAUUUUUAAUAUACACACCGUCAUCCCUGUACCGCUCUAUGACCAGUGUUGUCUACCUGUAUUGUGUUGAACUGUGUUUGUGUUGACCUUGACUGGUUGUGUAGAUGGGGUGAAGGGCAGUGGGAAGACCAUGUCUCUCUGUCAUACUGUCCACUACUGCUCCACACAGGGAUGGCUAGUACUACACAUUCCAGAUGGUAGUAACACACACACACACACACACACACACACACACUACCCCAACACACAAAAUAAUGAUUGUGAUGAUCCUCUCCUCUCUUCUCUAUAGCCCACCUGUGGGUGAAGAACUGUAAGGAGCUGCUGCCCUCCUCCUACCACGCCUCCCGCUUCGACCAGCCAAUCCAGGCGUCCAACUGGCUACGCAACUUCAGAACCACCAAUGAACACUUCCUUUCCAAGGUAGCUCCUCCUCCUCAGAUAAAUAGUGGGCGCCAGGUACAUGUUGCCUGUAGCAACAGAUCUUGGAUCAGCUUACCCUCCCCUAAUCCUAACAUUAGAAGUAAGAUGCAGUGCCUUCAGAAAGUAUUCAUACCCCUAUACUUUUUCCACAUUUUGUUGUUACAAAGUGGGAUUAAAACUGAUUUAAUUGACAUUUUUUGUCAACGAUCUACAGAAGUUGUCAGUGGAAGAAAAAGUAUGUUUUUUUUAAUUCAUGGAAAAUAAAACAGUAAUAUCUUGAUUAGAUAAGUAUUCAACCCCCUGAGUCAAUACAUGUUAGAAUGACCUUUGGCAGCAAUUACAGCUGUGAGUCUUUCUGGGUAAGUCUCAGAGCUUUGCACACCUGGAUUGUACAAUACUUGCCCAUUAUUCUUUAAAAAUGUGUCAAGCUCUGUCAAGUUGGUUGUUGAUCAUUGCUAGACAGCCAUUUUCAAGUCUUGCCAUAGAUAUUCAAGCUGAUUUUAAGUCAACACUGUAACUAGGCCACUCAGGAACAUUCAAUGUCAUCUUGGUAAGCAACUCCAGUGUAUAUUUGGCCUUGUGUUUGUCUCCCAGUGUCUGUUGGAAAGCAGACUGAACCAGGUUUUCCUCUAGGAUUUUGCCUGUGCUUAGCUCUAUUCUGUUUCUUUUUAUCCUAAAAAACUCCCUGGGCCUUGCCGAUGACAAGCAUUCCCAUAACAUGAUGCAGCCACCACCAUUUUUAAAAUAUGAAGAGUGAUGUGUUGGAUUUGCCCCAAACAUAACACUUUGUAUUCAGGACAAAACUACAUUUCAUGCCACAUUUUUUUCAGUGUUUCUUUAGUGCCAUAUUGUAAACAGGAUGUAUGUUUUGGAAUAUUUUUCACUGCUUGACUUAGGGACCUUACUGAUAAUUGUAUGUGUGGGGUACAGAGAUGGGGUAGUCAUUUAAAAAUCAUGUUAAACACUAUUAUUGCACACAGUUGUUAAGAAUAUUUUUACUCCUGAACUUAUUUAGGCUUGCCAUAACAAAUGGUUUGAAUACUUAUUGACUCAAGACAUUUCAUAUAAACAUUUCUAAUUACAUUUAAAAAAAAACAUAAUUCCACUUUGAAAAAAAAUAAAGGGGGGGGGGGGGUAUUGUGUGUAGAUCAGUGACACAAAAUCUCUAUUGAAUCCAUUUUAAAUUCAGGCUGUAACACAACAAUGUGGAAAAAGUCAAGUGGUGUGAAUACUUUCUGAAGGCACUGUAUGUAAGUAAGCUUGAGGCAUGCUGUAUUUGUGACUGUGUCUCCCCUUGUUGUUGAUUUAGAUCAAGUUGAGGCAGCGGUAUGUGUGGACUAAGAGAGAGAGCACUGAGGAGGGACGGCCACUAGGGGAGCUGGUGGACAUGGUGAGUCCAGUGUCAACCUGCCCCGUAUUAAGGCGUCAGCAUGCUUCAGUUCGGCCGAACUCGGCUAGGCGAACCGAACGAAUGUGCUCGCAUAAUCCCUUAAGGCCUUCACUUGAAAAAUGAGAAAAAAGCAUCAAUAGUGCUGUUUGUCCAUUUUGAGACGCCGUAGUCAGAAUUAAUCUAAAAUAACUCAGUCAUUAAUUUUGGCGUUUUUGCCAAGGAGAUCUUAGUCUAACUAAGAUGUUUGGUGCAGUAUUUCUCAAUUAAAAAAUGUGCAUGAAAACGAGGAAUCUCUUGUUGAAUGACAACAAAGACUUUAUUGAAGAAUCCCUACUGUUGACCAAUCACUGACGAAUGGGGCAUAGACUUCGGCUACCGACUUCGGCUUGCCUCAAGAAAAAAUGUACUUGUGCCUGAACAGCCCCCCCCAAAAAAACCUUACAGAAGUCCAAAAUGAACAAAAAUGUUGUCAUAAUAUAUGCACAAACUCUUCCGAAUUGUUUCGGCUGGGAAUCAUGCGGACGCCUUGCGUCUGGGCUCCAGUCCUGCAACAUAAUUGGUUCAGUGCACUUCUCUUUUAAGAAUCUCAUACCACGUAUCAUUGUUAAACCAUGUUUGUUUUCACCCCAGGGAGUGUCUCGUGUGAAGAGCAGCAGUGAUGUGGUGGGGGCGGUGCUAAAGGAGCUGAGGCUUCAGGCUGGGGGGACAGAGGGGGCUGUGGAGGGCUUCAGGCUAGCUGUGGCUGUUGAUGGAGUCAACGGUCUCUGGGGAAGGACCACGCUCAAGAAGGAGGACAAGAGCCCAGUACUUAUACACACCUAUACAUUCAUUCACCUCACUGUGCUUCCAUUGUCAUGUCUUUGUAAUUUCUGUAUAAAGAUUGCGUACCUGACGGACCUGUCUCUUUCUCUCCUCUCCAUUUCAUCCUCUCUUCUUGUAACUUUUCCCUUCUCUCUACUUUUUCUAUGUGUCUCUCUCUCUCUCUCUCUCUCUCUCUCUCUCUCUCUCUCUCUCUCUCUCUCUCUCUCUCUCUCUCUCUCUCUCUCUCUCUCUCUCUCUCUCCCCCCUCUCUCUCUCUCUCUCUCUCUCUCUCUCUCUCUCUCUCUCUCUCUCAGGUGGCUCCAGAGGAGUUGACAUUGGUUCAUAACUUGAGGAAGAUGAUCAACAAUGACUGGGUCAGAACUGCAUGGAGUUAUCCUCUUUGUCUAAUAGACAUUAGAAAAUUAAAUCUGAUUUACACCACCACCCCUAUAUAUGUCUCUCUCUCCUCAGUGUGGAGGGGCGGUCAUCGCCACUCUGUCUCAGACAGGGUCUCUCUACGCUCCAAGCUCUGCCUACCUGCCCCAGGAGCUGCUGGGAGAGGUCAGGGGUCAUGAUUACAUCCCGAUUUAUAAUGUUGUAUGUCCAGUCCAAAAACAACCUCCAGCCCUGGGUGUCUAUUGAUCUGGGCUAAGGGAAGGGACUGAUCUAGAUGUUUUGGAAAAUACUCUUCUGACGUGUUUACAUACAUCAUGUUUCAUGUUAUUGUAUGACCAGUCAAAUAGAAACAUAAGUUCACCUAUAAACACUUCUAUCCUCUUCUGUGUUCCCCAUACAGGAGGGCUUUGACAGCAUGGACCCGUUUGUCCCAGUACCAGUCUCCAACUACAGUGAGAAGGAGUUUGAGAGCUGUUACCUCUACUACCUGGACCGCCACUGGCUACAACACCCACAUAGUAAGAGCUAUUCACUUUCACCCCUGGCACAGUUUGUGUUGGUUUAGAUUGACAUUUUGAACUGAGCUCCGUCUCUCUCUCUCUCUCUCUCUCAGGUCAGACAGAGGAAGGGAAGAAAGAACUGAUCUUCCUCAGCAACAGAAACCCUUCUGUAUUGGAGAGACUGUGUGCCUUCCUGUAACAUCACACAUGGGCCCACAUCCUCCCACUCACACACACCCAUAAUCAUGGACAAGUCAUAGAGAUGGAUAGAGGACUCAUCUUUAUCUGUGCCGUUAUAGCAUCUGUGACAGCAUGGGCAGCGCCAU